CCAUCUGGAGCGAGGUGUGGCCUGACGUCAGCCAGCCUCACUAAUACACAAUCACCAAUUGUCAAUAAACUCGGGCCAUUUUGACCGAAAUUUUGAAUUUGUCAGGGUAGAAGGAUGUGUGAGGUUGCACCUUAGCAGUGCAGGUAGGUGAGUGGAGCUGUCAGUGCGGCCCAAGAGGGAAAGAAGUGGGUGGAAUCGACCCGCUUAGGUGGUGCUGUGGCCGCCUGCGCCAACACCAGCAGAAACAGCAGCAGCAGCAGGAGGAGGAACAGCUGUGCUGGAAGCUGAGUAAGCCAGACCCCGGGACCCACGCCCAGUACAGUAGGACCCCCAUAUCUGCAAGGGAUAUGUUCCAAGGACCUGGCAUGGAUACCUAUUAUAAAGUUUCAUUAAUAAAUUGUGCACAGUGUUGCUGCCAAGAACAUGAGGACUUAAUAAAAAAAAAUCAUGUGAGGGGGAAUAAAUCAGAACCAUAUCAGUUUAAAAUUAAAAUUUUUUUAAGGCAGUUCAUCCACAACAAAAUUUUUUAAACAUUUUAAAAUGGUUAUUCAAGACCUACAAAGAUUUUUAGAGUCGCAAGUACCAGGUGCGUGUGUCCCCGUGGAUCUCCUGAAAAUUGCAAAGAGUGUUGGGAUACGACGUGGUAAUCAGCGCAAUGCUCCAAGAGGUGGAUAUGGUCACACACCACUCACUCUUGUGGUGGAUGGGGAAUAUUGUCUUGACAGGCUGUAUGGAGGGUUCUUCUCAGACUGGGUAUGUGGUGGACAGUGGAAUCGCAUGGUGCAGUUUUUGGCAGUGCUUAUGCAAACAGUUCAAAAUAACAACAUAGAGCUUGCUGUAUUCUUUAAUGGUGCUCUGGAACAGCAGCGUUUAAAUGAAUGGUCUCGACAAGAGUGCUCCCUUAGAAAAAAUAUUAACUCGGUGCUAAAACAUGUAACAGUGAAAGGCACACCACCGCCUAAAGUAUGGUGGGUUGCACCUGUUGGUCUUCGUACGUGUCUCCGCAUGGCUUUGCGGCACCUCAACAUCCAAGUGUUAUGCACAAUGGAUGAUCACCAUCAGGAGGUUAUUGCGUUUUGCCGGGAAAACAACUAUCAUGGCCUCAUGGCAGAAGAUGCAGAAUACAUUAUUUUUGAUCCCCCUCGUUACUUCUCAUCACACCAGCUCAAACUUACGUACAAGGGUUCCUUAGAGACCAAAGAAUUUAUUUUAGAUGAAGUGGCCAAGGGACUCGGUCUUCAGCGCAACUAUUUCUGCUUGCUGGCAGCUCUCUUGGGAAAUUAUCUUCUUACAGAGACAGAUCUAAGGGAUUUUUAUGUGUCUUUAAUCCCAGGCUAUGACAAACAGCAGACGCCUCAAGAGGACGUUAUACGAGCAGUUGUCAAGUUUAUUGUGAAUCGAUGUGAUGUAAAUAACUUGUUAACAAUUGGAGCCCAAGUUUUUGGAUCAGUCAGUGAUCCUCGCGUUGCAAAGUUCAAAGAAUCUGUGCAGUACUUUCUCAAUGGUACGAAAGAUGGCUUCCUUCGCUACAAACCAUUUCCCUCAGGGAGAAGAGAUGGGGGUCAGAGACAUCCACCUCACCCACAUUCAAUCCAUAGACAAGAAAUAUAUGAGCCAAAGCAUUCUGAAGGCCCAUGUAAACUUGACAUCUCACCAAAGGGUGGAGGGUUGCUGGGCCUUCCUGUCCCAGGCUUGGCUGUUGUCCCUGAGAAGGAGAAUGGGGACAAUGGUAAUGGAAGUAGCAGCAGAGGGUACAACUUGGUGGCACCUCCUCAAAUAGUGAUUGAGGUGACUGGACCUGGGAGCCCUCAGAGCAGCAGUCGAGGGGGCAGUGGUAGUGGCUCGCUCUCUCCUGAUGCUGCUCAACUGGAACAAGCACUUGAGUCACGUCUUGGUGGUUUCACCAUAAUAGUAACUGGGGAACAUGAUGAACCACAGCAGCUCCAUGAGUGUGGAGAAAAUGGGGAGAGGGACAUGGAAGAAAAUGGAAGAAAAGGGGGGGAAAGUGUGACGAUAAUUGCUGAAGGAAUUAAGGAAGAGGAAGAGGAGGAAGAACGUAAAGGGGACCUGACUGUGCAGCAAGCUGACCUAGAUGAUCACGACCACGACUCAGGUAUAUUAUGUGGUGGGUGUCUUGGCUCAACUGCUUCAGGUUCUCCUGGUGCAUCACUUUUGUUAUCGUCGUCUUCGUCGUCCAGUAACAGUUCUGCCGCUUCACCCUACCGCCUCACUCCUGAUGUAUCAUGGGCGGCGCAGGUUUACCGCUCCAACCACACUUCUCAGUCCAGUAGUCCAGUUGAAGGAAGUCAAGACCCAGGCCCUCAGAUUGACCCCAACCCUCUCCCUCUACCUCCAGUGCCCCAUGAGGUCAUGCGGACAGCUUCUGAGCGCCACCAAAAGGGUUUAAUGUGCCCAUGGAUAUAUCAAGUUUUAACACAGGGUGAAGUGAAAUUUGGUGUAUGCAUGGAGGAUGAAAGUAGCAGAGAACUGCCACAUGCUGUCCUUUUCUACCGUUCAGUUCGCCAGUACGUUUAUGCCAUCCUCUACAACCUCCAUCACCAUACCUUCAUGGCUCGUAAGGCAAAGGAGGAGGGCCAGAAAGGUUUGGCAACCGAGGUACCUGAAGUUAAGAUCCGUGAAUGGGUGUACACCAAAAAUAAUCCCUACCGCACUGCGGAUGUAGUAGAUGCUACUCCCAUCAAUUGGGCAGUGCCUACCGUCCAGAGGUUGUGGUUCGGGUCUGUUGUAGAUGACAAAAAGCGUCGGCUACGUGCAUUCUUGAGCUGCAUGAGAUCAGACUCCCCACUCAUGUUGCACACGUCCCAUGUUCCACAGCAUCUGCUUAUAAUGGCAACAGUCCUUAGAUAUAUUAUGAGCACUUCUAAUGGUCCAAUACUGAGAAAGCAAGAAUUGGAUGCCUUUCUAGUGACGGCUUUCUCCCCAGAUCUCACAAAUGCACAUUAUUUGCAAGACUUGCAGCUUCCUCUGGUGACAGCACGUGGCUGUCAGCUUGCAGCUCUCUUCAUGAUGGGAGUGGAAACUGCUUUGUUUGCCAAUGAUGCUUGUGGUGCUCCAGUUCCCUGGCUCAUGUGUUGUCCAUGGUUGUUUUUUGAUGGCAAGCUCUUCCAUGCAAAGUUGAUCCGAGCAAAUUGUGCAAGAUCUUUGGUUGAGGUGUGUGAUGGAGAAAUAGACCUGGUGGCCAAAGUUGAAAGAUGCAGACAGGCAGUUCUGGAGGGUCUAAGGGUAGAAUUUGCUCACCCACCAAUCCCACCAAUGCCUGGGGUUGGGACUCAUAAAGUAGGCCCCCCUCCUCCAUAUCCUGGUUUUUCACACUACGCUGGCAGGGGUAGAGGACGAGGGGCACCAAAUAGGACCAACACACACUCGGAUGGUGGUGGAGGAGUAGGAAGAAUGUUUUCUCGUGGUGGUCAGCUUCAAGUGGCUGGUGUUGUCGUUGGCUCCUGGGGACCAAAUUAUGGAUCUAAUGGUAAUGAAAGCAGACCCCGAGGAUUCAGACAUCCACAGUAUGGUGGUAAUAGCAGGGAUGGUGGAGGAACUAUGCAAGCCAGAGGUGAACCAAACAGAGUGUCGCGGUGUACACGUGGCCGUCCCACAGUAUUGGCCAAGAGACGGACAAUAAAAAAGCGUGAGGUGCGGACAAGUAGGGGACGCGGAGUUACAGUGGAGACCCCUGGCAACAGCCGUACUGUGGGCAUGAGGGACAUGCUGGUAAUGCCAGGUGGUGGAUAUGACAAUCAUUUGCCAGUGGGACAGGACGGGGAAAGCCUAACUCCAUACCCUCCCCAUACCCCUCAGAGUCACUCUUCCAGCGGCCUCAAGAGUCCAGACUCUGGUGUUAAUGUAUCCAUCCUUGAGUAAGGCACAGUUUGAUGUAAACAAAUAGAGGAGGUUAUUUAGAAUGGGUUUAUGGCCUGAGCAGCUAGUACCCUUACUUUACAUCUAGCUUAGGAUUGAUUCAAAUACUGAUACCUGAUAGGAUUAGUACAUCACUAGCUACAUGAAGUCUGAUAAACAGGCACAAUUCCUAAAAUAAUGUAGCAAACAGUACAACACAAUAAGGGCCUUCUUCCCAAGUUUUACACCCCUUCAUCCUAAAUGGCCACCUCUCUUUGUCAGCAACCAUCUCUGUGCCACUGCCACUGCCAUUGCCACAUUGCUGCUACAAAUACCAUCUUGGCUGCCCCCAUAUCUGCUAAUGUUAUACCAUGACUGCCAUAUCUGAAAGUCACCACAGUAACUAGUGACUUGGGCUUAUGAUACUGUCAGGGAGGUGGAACAAAAAAAUAAGGUCAUCAAUAAAGGUAAAGUGACUAUUGAUGCAUUAAGAAUGUGAGUGUGUAUUUCAAGUAUGAAUUUGUUUGUUAAAUAAGAGCCCACACGUGAAAUACAGUACAGUAAUUAUAUUUUGCAGUUGUGAAUGAAAAAUCAAACAUUUAUGUCAAUUACUGGGAAGUAGAUACAGUAAUAAAAAAAAUUUUCAAAAUAUUUUUUUGGAGUAACUGAUUUGGUAAAUUGCAUCAUCAAAAUGAUUAAAGAUUCAUUGCAUAUCUUAGUAAUAUACUGUCUUCUACUUCAUUUAUAAUCUGUAUUUUACUGAACAGUGUAUUUUUUGUAAUAUUUCAUUCAAGAUAAAUUUCUGUUUAGCCCUUUAUUGUGCACACCAACAUUUUUGAACCCCUCUUAUAGACAGGAGCAUAGCUUUAAAAUACCAGUAUGAGACUAAGAAUUACACCUCUCAGAUCUGUCUGUGAUGUUAGAGAAGCUCUAUUGUGAUGUAAUUAGUGGUUAUGAGCCUUUUGUAGCACAUCAUUUAGGCUACAAGUAUUUGUCAUUAAGAUAAUUGGCCUUUGCGAUGGUGUACUAAGAGUUCAUAAUCUCUGAUCUCAUCUCCAAUGUACUCCCAGAAAGUACAAGGUGGGCAGCUGGAGAAACUGACAACCCAUGCCAUGAAAGUUGCCAGCUACCCUCUCUGCUGCUGUUAGACACGAAGUAUAUAUGAAGAAGAAUUUUUAUUUUUAUAUGACUGUUAUAUUGUUAAAAUGGUAAUGGAGACACUUUAAGAAAGAGAUUUGUUUGUAUUUGGCAAGUUUGUGGUUGAAGUUUGGAAAUAGUGACACUACCACUACCACAGACAGCUUUGUAGGAAUGAUAGUGAAUCCUGAACAAAGAUUCAUUUCAGUUCAAUGGUUAAAUCCCCCAACAUACAUACAAUUCAGGGUUUUAUUGGGUUACUUAGCCCAAAAUAGGAAUGAUACAGUAUUGGAGACUGAAACCAAACUUAUGUAAAUUUUAGUUUCCUUAGUAGAACAUGGCUGCAACUUAAAUGAGGAAAAUUAUUAAUUCCCAUGCAUUGACCUAAGCCAAGUUGAUUUUGUCAUGUUUCUCAACAAACGUGCAUUUUUUAAGAACACACAGGUAUCUUGUAAAAACUCACCAGUGUUUAGGAUGGAGGAAAUCCUAAUUGGUAUGAUCUUUAUUGUUGUACAUGGUACUUUGAACAUGUUAUUGUUCCAUUGUAGGUGUUGAAGGAUGGUUGUCUUUGUAACUUAAUAAUCGCCAGGAUUUCCAUAAUCUGGUUAAGUAGCAUUGCAUGAUUGUCGAGGAUGUCAGUUUUUUUUUUUUCCAAACCUCUUGAACAAACAUUAAUUAAAACAUAUUAAAAGUUGAUGUUCUUGACAUUCAACAUUCUGGUUUGCUUGGUCUUGGAUAUUUCAAACUGUGAGUGACCUAUUCUUGAAAAACUAAAUGUUACUCCAACCUUAGGAAAGCACUGUAUAGAUAUCUAAUUCUUCAGUAAUCUGGAUUGUGCUUAACCAGGUUUUGGAAGAAUAUGAUGACCUGGUUUUGAAUAAUAGAGGUAUUGUAUUAAUGUUCUCUUUCCUGAAUUUGCAUUAAAGCUAAACCUCUUUGAUAAUGCAACUUUCUGACAUUUAAUUGGGUACUGAUGCUUGUGCCCUCAUGAUGAUGAAAAAAUAUCACUUUUAUUUCCUCUUCAACUAUGAAUUCAGUGUGCCAUGGUUUUUGUAUAAAAAAGACAUAGUUGACUUUUGCAGAAUUCAUUAAUUACUUUUUUGAACAAUAUAUAAUAUGGCCUAAACUAAAUAGUGCUCUAAUACAGUGGUAUAUAGGCGAAUGACUUGCGGGUGAAUAUGUUACCGAUUGGUCUAUUUCGGUGAGGAUAUUUGCGAAUAAUAUCACUUUAAACUUACAUUGUGGAUGUUAAUUGGAUUUAAAGUUCAGAAACAGGCAUUUUGUUCCAAGUACAAUUGCCAUAUAGUACUUGAAGUGUUAAUUUAUUGCUUCAUAAAUGCUUUAAUUUAUUUUGAACAGAGAAUUAGAAUAUUAAUGAUAAAAAUAAUUAGAUCUUGUAGUUUCUCUGGCUACUGUGUUAUCAGUUAUGAUGCCCAUAAAACUUUUCUGAUUGCUAAUGUAAUAUUCAAGGAUGGAAUUUAUUUAAUGGAAAAUAUAUUCACUAAUUUACUUAGGAGGACUUAUCAUACCCAUAGUGUAAUGGGAACAAAACAUUUUUGUUACAUUAUCUUGCAACAUGUCUGUGUUUCAGUGAGGGGCCCAUGUUUGUGUAUUAACUUAGUGUCAUAUCCAGCUAAUGGAACUCUCAGUCCUAUCAUGCACAUUACUAUUUGCUACUUAUUUAUAAUAUAACCCCACAAGCCAUUGAUUGGAGUGAGGUCAUGUUAACCAAGUUAACAUUUUUAGUAAAAUGUCAAAGAGUUUAGGUCAGAAUCCUUGUUGGUGGAAGGUUGUGUUCACAACAGCUGCAUUGUGGCAGUGUUUUGCAUCUUGGCUUGGUUAGUUCUUGUGUUGGGCUGCAAUGCUUAUCAAUGCAGCAAAACUUAGAUUAUAAUGUUUGGUAUAAUUAUUAUAUUCCCUUAAAUGAGAACUUUUGAUAUGUAAAGGUUAUAUUACAAGGUAAUAAAGAAAGUAAGGUGAGCACUGCCUUCCCCAACAAUAGGAUUGCUCUUUCAGUCCUGGACCAGCAUUGCCAGACUGCUAAAGUGUAUAUUGUAUACUGUACUUGCAACUGAAAAUUAAAUAGCUACUUGCAUCAUAGCAUUAGGAAAUAAAUAAAUAAUAAUAAUAAUAGUAGGUCUAGCAGAGGUAAGAUUUUUGCCUCAUGUUUCAACUAGAUUAUAUGUAUGUUUAUCUACUCAGUGUUGAAAUGCUCAACAACUCUGAGUCUUGAUAAGGAAAAAAAUAAAUUAUUACUGUGUAUACUAAGGCAGAGUAAAUUUACAGUCAUAAUCCAUAUUUGGAAAUGUUCAACUUGAAACUGAAAAGUUGGCAAGUUGUAAAUUGUUGUAUCCCUUUUUUUUUUGUUUACUUGUAGCCCAAAGCCUCCAUUUUAAAAUAUUUUGUUGGGUAUUUUAGUAUUUUGAAUGCUCUUCACCUGAGUGCUGAUCAGCAUGUAUUUCUGUGGGUAUAAUAAUUGCUAGAGGUUUUUUGCAGAUGGUCAAUAUUCAUGAGCCAGAGUGUAUUCAUGAGCCCUCCAAGACACUUAGGAAUUUUGACCAUAAAACAUAAAUGCUUUUAAAUACAUUAGACUCCUGAUUUAUAAGUACAUAUUCUGAUAAAUAAUAAGCUGUCUUCCUUGGACAGCACCAAGUAACUAAUUUUUCUUGCAGUUAUUGAAUGGGCCCCUCCUUGAUGUUAUGCUUAAAACAUAAACAUUAAUUGAUAAAGUUUUGUGAGAGAAGAACAGAUGCUUAAGAAAAACUUGUUUGCAAGUCCUAUGAUUUAUAUGUAAUGUAAAUUACUUUUAGGUUAUUAAUACAUAAUGUAGGAUUCCUGUUUGAUUGUACUUUCUGCAAGACUAGGAAUAUUUUCAGAGUAAAUUGUUGAAGUUUUGUAGAUUUAAGAAAUAGAUUUAACCACUGGGUAAUUUUUACUUGUCAUAUCAAAUUUAAAAAUUCCAAGCUGUAAAAUUUAUUCAGAUAUCAGUCAUAGUCACGCUAGUGAAAGAAACGGCAGUAAAUCUUGAGAAUUAAAAAAUGUAUGUAAUCUUUUAUUGCUAGGAAAUCUUUAAGUUUGAUAGUGUUCAGUUAAGGCAGAAAUCAGAAAUAUGUAAUUUCCUGUUCUACUUCCACAAAUACUUAUCUUGAAAGUGAUUGUUGUAUCAAUACUGAAAUGUUAAUUAACCCAAGCAAGUUUGAAUACAUAUAAUUUGAGCAGCAAAAUUUAAGCAAGUUACAAUACUAACCUCCAAAAGACAACAAACUUGUUGGGAGAUGUUACGUUGUGUGAAUUCAUGUCAUGUAGCUUACAUCCCAAACUCUGAAUUAUUUUUGUGAGUAUUUGUACCUACUCAUGAAAUUUAAAAUACUUAUUAAUGUAAUUCAUAUACUGUUUAUAUACAUAACUAAUUUAUGUCUGAAUUAUAAAAGACCAAUCCAGUUACUGAAAUGGUUAUCUGGAUUUGAAAUUAUAAAUAUCCUAAUUGGUGUAAAUUAUACUUUCACGUGUUGCCAUGUUUAAUAUAAUAAUUCAAAACUUAAAUACUUUAGUGUUCACAGGGAAAAGUCCUAAUACUUGUGUGCAUGUGCCCACAAAGAGAAUUUAGGGAUUGGCCUAUAUCAAUACCCAAAUUAGAUAUUUUGUGUGAUGAUUAGCCUGCAGCAUCAUUUUUCAAAACCUAGUCCUGGAAUGGUUGGAACAGUUUACUUAUGAAUCUAUAUGACUGGCUGUAAAGAUUUCGAACAUGUGAUGUCGUAUGGCUUUCUUCCUGCAAAAUAGCAUAAAAAAUGGAGCACAGUGGUAUAUUUAGGCUUGGAAGAUAAGUCUUGUUAGUUGAAGUCAGGACUGAUAAGAGUCAAUAAAGUAACUUGAGUCAUUGUUAGGUGAUUGGGAUAAAGGGAACACUAAUCCAGAAAUCAGUUGAGAUGACUGGGAAUAUUAAUAUCAGUUGUCCAUAGGCAUAUUUUAUGGAAUACCUGGAUUGUUUUUUGCAUUUUUAUUUUGCUGUAAUUUUUCAAAAGAUAAUGUAAUUUAGGAAAAAAAAUUAUUUUCCCUUUUUUAAGUGCAGAAACAAUAUUAUUCAAUAAAAAAUGUUGAUUAUUUUGAGCUAUAAAAUGCAAAUUAUGUUGAUAUUUAGGACAAUUUAAGCUUUUUAUGCCAGUUCUUCUUGCUGGCUUGAUAAACAGUGAAUUGAAGUGGGGAAAGUUUGGGGAAUGUAAACCAUCUUGUGAUCAUUUGGUACUGUUGAAUUGUAUGCACUGGUAUUGAAAGUAAAGGUUGGUUGGAA